AUGGUGGCCGAAAAGAUCGAUGGCACGCAAAUCGCCAAGGAUAUCCGCGCGGGGCUGAAGAGUGAAAUUCAGAAGAUUCAGGAGGUCAACCCUAGGUUCAAGCCCAGCCUGGUGAUCUUCCAGGUCGGAGACAGGUCUGAUUCAAGCACAUAUGUGCGUAUGAAGUUGAAGGCUGCUGAGGAGGCAAACAUUCUCUGCAAGAUCAUCAACUUCCCCGAGUCCAUUACACAGCCCGAAGUCCUUCAGGAAAUCAGCCAGGCCAACAAUGACCCCUCAGUACAUGGUAUCCUUGUUCAAUUACCGCUCCCUCAGCACCUUUCCGAGCAUGCAGUCACCUCCGCUGUGGCCGACGAGAAGGAUGUUGAUGGGUUUGGAGCGAUCAACAUUGGAGAACUUGCCAAGCGUGGUGGCCGCCCUCUCUUCGUUCCUUGCACCCCCAAGGCUGUGAUGGUUCUCCUCAAGGCCAGUGGUGUCGACCCAGCGGGCAAGGAGGCCGUUGUCCUCGGCCGGAGCGACAUUGUUGGAAGCCCUGUCAGCUACCUCCUCAAGAACGCGGAUGCUACUGUCACAGUGUGCCAUUCGAAGACCCCCGAUAUCGCCAGCGCUGUGAAGAAGGCGGAUAUCAUUGUCGCGGCCAUUGGUAAAACAGAAUUUGUAAAGGGCGAGUGGGUGAAGCCCGGCGCCGUUGUUAUUGACGUUGGUAUCAACUACAAGCCUGAUUCCACGAAGAAGUCCGGACAGCGUCUAGUCGGAGACGUCGAAUAUGAGACUGCUUCCCAGGUGGCUUCAAAGAUCACCCCUGUCCCCGGUGGCGUUGGGCCUAUGACAGUGGCUAUGCUCUUGGAGAACGUGGUCGCGUCCGCCAAAGCAUACUUUGAGAAGCAGAAAGAGCGCCAUAUCACCCCCCUCCCACUCAAACUGGUCACCCCGGUUCCCUCAGACAUCGCCAUCUCCCGCGCACAGUACCCUAAGCCUAUCACACAAGUUGCGUCUGAGGUUGGCAUCGCCCCCCACGAGCUUGAGCCGUACGGCCACACCAAAGGCAAGGUUAGCCUUGAGGUUCUCAACCGUCUAAGUCACCGCCGCGAUGGCCGCUACAUCCUGGUCUGUGGUAUUACUCCUACGCCUCUUGGUGAGGGCAAGUCAACAACUACAUUGGGGUUGAGCCAGGCCCUAGGCGCACACUUGAACCGUGUCGUUUUUGCAAACGUCCGCCAGCCGAGUCAGGGUCCUACGUUCGGUAUCAAGGGUGGAGCCGCCGGUGGAGGAUACAGUCAGGUCAUUCCUAUGGAUGAGUUCAACCUGCACCUGACUGGUGAUAUCCACGCCAUCACCGCGGCAAACAACCUUCUUGCCGCUGCCAUUGAGACACGCAUGUUCCACGAGGCUACCCAGAAAGAUGCCGCUCUGUACAAGCGUCUUGUCCCGGAGAAGAAGGGCAAGCGCGAGUUCAAGCCUAUUAUGUUCAAGCGAUUGAAGAAGCUUGGAAUCACCAAGACCGAACCCAACGACCUUACUGAAGAUGAAAUUAACCGAUUUGCCCGACUUGACAUUGAUCCUUCAACCAUCACCUGGCGCCGUGUCUUGGAUGUCAAUGACCGCCACCUUCGAGGCAUCACCGUUGGACAGGCGCCCACCGAGAAGGGGCUGACGCGCGAAACUGGCUUUGACAUCUCCGUUGCCAGUGAGUGUAUGGCCAUCCUGGCUCUGAGCAGUGACCUCGCGGAUAUGCGGGAGAGACUUGGCCGCAUGGUUGUCGCUACCUCGAAGCGGGGGGAGCCGGUUACUUGUGACGAUAUUGGCGCAGGAGGAGCGCUUGCAGCGCUGAUGAAGGAUGCGAUCAAGCCCAACUUGAUGCAGAGUUUGGAGGGUACGCCUGUUCUGGUUCACGCCGGCCCCUUCGCGAACAUCAGUAUCGGAGCCAGCUCAGUUCUUGCAGACCGAGUGGCUCUGAAGCUCGCGGGUACCGAGCCCGAGGAGGACCACGAAGCCAAGACCGGUUUCGUUGUUACAGAGGCUGGUUUCGACUUCACGAUGGGAGGCGAGCGCUUCUUCAACAUCAAAUGUCGCUCCUCUGGUCUGUCUCCUGACACCGUUGUCAUUGUCGCUACUGUGCGUGCUUUGAAGGUCCACGGUGGUGGUCCUGAGAUCAGCCCCGGAGCUGCCCUGCACGAGGUCUACCGCACAGAAAACACAGAGAUCCUCCGCAAGGGUUGCGUUAACCUCAAGAAGCACAUCGAGAACGCCCGGCAGUACGGAGUUCCUGUCGUGGUGGCUAUCAACCGCUUUGAGACUGAUACUGAGGCGGAAAUUGCUAUCAUUCGCGAGGAAGCUAUCGCGGCGGGUGCGGAGGACGCGGUCUCCGCCAACCACUGGGCCGAGGGCGGAGCCGGUGCUGUGGACCUGGCCAAGACCGUCAUCAUUGCCAGCUCCAAGCCCAAGGACUUCAAGCUGCUCUACGAUCUGAACGGCAGCAUUCAGGAGCGCAUUGAGCGCAUCGGUAAGGCUAUGUAUGGUGCGGACAAGGUGGAGUUCAGCGAGCUGGCCCAGAAGAAGGUCGACACAUACACCGCCCAGGGCUUCUCCAACCUUCCAAUCUGUAUCGCCAAAACACAGUACUCUCUCAGCCACGACCCUGCGCUGAAGGGAGCUCCCACUGGAUUCACGGUUCCCAUCCGCGACGUGCGGUUGGCCGUUGGCGGUGGAUAUCUGUACGCGCUUGCGGCGGACAUUCAGACAAUCCCCGGCUUGCCGACGGCUCCUGGGUACCUGAACGUGGACAUUGACCCCGAGACCGGGGAGAUUGACGGCCUCUUCUAG